UAUAUAUAUUUAUAUACAUAUAAAUAUACUUAUAUGUAUGAAUAUAUUUAAUGCUUUACUUUCAUUAAUAAGUUUUCAUACACAGUUUUUCUAAUUCUUUUAUAUCAAAUAUAAUUAAACUUACUAGAGUCAGGUAUGUUCAGAGUUCUAAAUGGAAGAGAGGCAGUGUCAAGUCUUGCUCAAACAUUAAAUGAACAUGUUUAUGCAUGCGACAAUUCUGAAAUCUCACUAAUCACUCAGACAAACUUGUGGGAUCAAGAAGUUAAAGUCAUCCAACUUGAUCCUUUCAAUGAUCCUUUAUCUCAAGUUGUUACUUCAAUUGCGGAUCGACAAGUUACAACAGCUUUAUUGUCUUCUCAGUCUUUAUUAGCUGCCAUUCCUUAUUUGUAUAAAUUGGCUAAUGACAAUUCAAGUGUGGUUCUUCAUGUAGCUGCUGAACAUUCUGCAAGCUCCUCUGUAUUUGCUGAUUUUACUCAAAUUAUGUCAGUGAGGCAAAGUGGUUUAGCUCUCUUAAGUUCUUCUACUGUUCAAGAAACUUAUGAUUUAUCUUUAGUUGCACAAUUGGUUUCACUUUUGACAGCUACACCAUUUUUACACUUCUUUGAUAGCAAAAGAAUUUCUCAAGAAUAUACUUCCAUUCAAACACUUGACAAUGAAACUUUACUCAAACUUAUUCCUAAAGAAUUAGUGGAUGAAAAGAUCAAAAACAAAUCUUUACCAUCUCUGUUUCAACAGUCUACCUAUCUUCAAUAUAAAGCCAAUGUAAGCACAGAAGAAGACGAAAAGAAAGUCAAAGAAGAGGAUCUCUAUACAGUAUAUGAAAGAAUAGCUAGUGAGGUAACAAAAAUGACUGGAAGAUCUUAUGCUCCUUUGGAAUACUCUGGCCAUCCUGAAGCUAAUUUUGUUAUUGUCUCCAUGGGUGCAGGUGCUACUGUUGUUGAACAAACUCUAAAGGCUUUGAGUCAGCUUGAUCCUAAACUAAAAGUAGGUUCUUUAAAAAUUCGUCUCUAUCGUCCUUGGUCUAGCAGAGCCCUCCUGAACUCAUUACCUGAUACAGUCCAACGUAUUGCUGUUCUUGAGCCUACGGAUGAUUAUACAUCCACUUGGAACCCGCUCUUUUUAGAUAUUGUUGCUACAUAUCAAUCAGUAGAAAAAGAAAAUGUAGAUUUUGUUAGUGGCCAAUAUGGUGUUCAUGAUAAUGAUUUUACUCCUGAAUCCGUUUGCUCUAUUGUGAAUGGCUUAGUCUCUGGUAGCUUGAGUCGUUAUUUUGAAGUCUCUUCUCUCUCUACUGAUUUCAAUAAAUCACUACAGGUUUUACCUCAGUUGACUGAACAAGCUAUCUUUAUCGGAAGCUCUUCACUCGCUAUGUCCUUUGUUUCUCGUCAAGUUGGAAAGAAAAUGAUUCAGUUAUAUACUGUUGGAUCUAGUACUCAUGUCCGCCUCGCUAAUUUAGAAUCUGGCUCCCUAUUACCUUCUUUAAUUCAGAUUGCUGAUGCUGUUGUUUUAACUUCUUCUCAUUUAAAUAAACAUGAUGAAAAGGCUGCUGUUGAAGCUAUCAAAUCCUUAAUUCAUGAAGGUUUUAUUAUUGUGGAACGUGAUGUCUCUUCUCUUCCGGCUGGUGUCAAGAAGGCAGCAUAUGAAAUGCAAGCUAAUCUUCUUUUAGUUGAAGAUAUUCACUUAUUUUUCAAAAGUAAUAGUUUAUCGGAUGUAAUUAGGCAUGGCAAGUUCUCAACAAUCCGUGUACCUGAUUCCUGGGCUAAUGAACAAAGCUUUUCUUAUGUUGAAGAAAGUCUUACCUCUCCAGAUAAAAAAACUCAUGUGACUAUAUCUAUUGAAGAACCUUAUCUUAAGAUGCUUGAUCAAGUCUUUGGUUCUCGCUUGGUUAUUGCUAAUGCUUACAGGUCCCUCUCUAUCUGGUCACCUGAUGACCUUCUUCCUAAUUCUGCUACGCCUGAGUUUGGAUAUGGUCGUCUGUUGAAUCAAAUUCAAGAACGUACCCGAUUAGUUGACUAUGUGAUGGAUGCCAUUCAUAAUGGAGAUCUUCCUUUAGAUAUUGUCAAAAUUUUUUCCCAAUGGCUUCUUCAAGUUAAUUCUCCUCAAUCCAAGGUUCAAAAGGUACAAGAGGCUUCUGAUUUGGUUAUCAAGGUAUUGACACCAAUUGUGAAUGAAUCAUCUAUUGCUCAAACCAUCUUGAAUAAGAGAAAUCUUUUGUAUACCACUUCAAAUUGGCUUAUUGGUUCUGAUUCUUGGGCUUAUGAUUUCGGUCAAUCUGGUAUCCAACAUGUAAUCACUUCUGGAGAAAACAUGAAUCUUUUAAUUGUGGAUACAACGCCUUAUUCAAGCGAAGUUGAACGAGAGAAGCGCAAGAAAGACAUUGGUCUCUAUGCUAUGAACUUUGGUAACAUCUAUGUUGCCUCUGUUGCCUUGUAUGCUUCUUAUACCGGUGUCUUACAGGCUCUUAUGGAAGCUGAUGCCUAUCAGGGACCCUCUAUCGUGCUUGCCUAUUUACCUCAAUUCUCUGAUACAGAAAUAAAUCCUAUUGCUUCCUUGAAGGAAACUAAGAUCUGUGUUGAUAAUGGAUCUUGGCCAUUAUAUCGUUGGAAUCCUGCUUUGGAAAAGACAGGUCAAGAAGUAUUUACUUUAGAUUCUCAAUGUAUUAAGAAACAACUUGAAGAAUUUUUGGCUCGUGAAAACCUUCUUACUCAAUUAAGUUCAAGUCAUCCUGAUAUUUCAAAUGUUCUUGUUAGUUCUUUAGAAUCUGAUAUCAAAAAACGUCAUGAUGAAUUGAAAAAGAAGGCUCGUGAUGACUAUGCUCGUUUGUUAUCUGGUAUGGGUUCUGAUAAUGGGCCUCCUAUUACUGUUCUUUUUGGUUCUGAUAAUGGUAAUGCUGAAGGAGUCGCGAAGAAGAUUGCUACUCGUGCUAAAUCAAAAGGGCUUCAAGUCACGCUAAUGGCUAUGGAUGAUUAUGGAGAUAUUCAGGAACUUGCUAAUGAAACUAACCUUGUUAUCGUCUGUUCCACUGCGGGUCAAGGAGAGAUGCCAUCUAAUGCUCGUGAAUUCUGGAAGGCCUUGAAUGGAUUAGUUGUUGGUGACAUUAACCUCUCUGAUCUUCGUUAUACUGUCUUUGGUUUGGGUGACAGUCAUUAUUGGCCUCGUGAAGAAGAUUCUAUUUUCUAUAAUCGUCCAAGUAAACUUUUGGAUGCUAAAUUUGAGAAUUUAGGUGCAACAAGAUUUGUUGCCUUGGGUUUAGGUGAUGAUCAAGACGAGGAUGGCUUUGAAACUGGUCUAGCAGCUUGGCAACCUGAACUUUGGAAGGCACUUGGUAUUAAGGAUAUGAAUGAAGGUGAUGAAGAACCUGUCUAUACCGAUAAUCAAAUGAAGAUUGAUUCCAAUUAUCUUCGUGGUAAUAUUGCUCAAGAAUUGGUAGAUAAUUCUACGGGUGGUGUCACUGAAAUAACUCAAAAGUUAUUGAAAUUUCAUGGAGCCUAUGUUCAAGAUGAUCGUGAUUUACGAGAAGAACGUAAGAGACUAGGACUUGAAAGGGCCUACAGUUUCCUCGUCCGUGUUCGUACUCCAGGUGGCGUCUCUACAUCUAAACAAUGGCUUGUUAUGGAUGAACUUUCAGAAAAGUAUGGUAAUAAAACAAUGAAGUUAACUACUCGUCAAACGUAUCAGCUCCACGGUAUUUUAAAGAAAAAUUUACGAACCACUAUUCGAAAAAUUAAUAAGGCUUUACUUUCAACUCUGGCUGCCUGUGGUGAUGUGAAUCGUAAUAUCAUGAGCACUACUAUUACUGAAAUUCCUGAAAUACAUGAGCAAGUUCAAUCAUUUGUCAUGGAAUUAAAGGACCUACUUGCUCCUAAAACAAAUGCCUAUCAUGAAAUUUGGUUAGAUAACAGCAUGGUCGCUGGGCAUGCUGUGCAAGACUUUGAACCCCUUUAUGGUCCUUCUUAUUUACCAAGAAAAUUCAAGAUUGUUGUUGCUGUUCCUCCGAAUAAUGAUGUAGAUGUCUAUGCUCAUGAUCUUGGCUUUAUCGCUAUUGUAGAUAAAGAUACUAAAAGAGUCAUUGGAUAUAAUGUUGUUAUUGGUGGUGGUAUGGGUCAGACACAUGGUAACAACAAGACUUAUCCUCGCCCUGCUACACUUAUUGGCUAUAUCCCUGCUGAAGCUGCAACUAAGGUAGCAGAAGCUGUUGUUCUUACUCAACGUGAUUAUGGUGACCGUGUAAAUCGUAAACAUGCCCGUUUCAAGUAUACGAUUGACGACCUUGGUGUUGACUUCAUUAAGAAGGAGAUUGAAGAACGUAGUGGUGUCAGGUUUGAAGAAGCAAGACCCUUUUAUUUUGAAAACAAUACUGACUGUUAUGGUUGGACGAAAGGAGUUGGCGAUACAUGGAACUUUACAAUGUUCAUUGAAAAUGGUCGUGUUAGGGAUACUCCUGAUUUCCUUUGUAAAACUGGUUUACGUGAGCUUGCUAAAUUUCAUAAAGGUGGAUUCCGUUUAACACCUAAUCAACAUUUGGUUAUCUGUAAUGUACCAGAGGUCGACCUUGAGAAGACUAAGGCCCAUUUGGCAAGAUAUAAGUUGGAUAAUUUCCCUUUCAGUGGUAUUCGUAAAACUUCUAUGGCCUGUGUAGCGCUUCCAACGUGUGGUUUGGCUAUGGCUGAAUCUGAACGUUAUUUACCUCAACUGAUUACAAAGCUCGAAGAAUUGAUGGAAGAAGCUGGCCUUCGUGAAGACUCGAUUGUUGUCCGUAUGACAGGUUGUCCAAAUGGUUGUGCACGUCCUUAUUUAGCUGAGCUUGCGUUUGUUGGAAAGGCUCCUAACACCUAUAAUAUGUAUUUAGGCGGUAGUCCUAAGGGUGAGCGUCUAAACAAGCUUUAUCGUGAAAAUCUACAGGAGGAAGGUAUUUUGAAAGAGGUGGGUCCCUUAAUUAAACAAUAUGCUUUAGAAAGAAAUGAAGGUGAACCUUUUGGUGAUUGGGUCAUUCGUGCUGGUUAUGUGAAAAGAACUAUUACUGGAAAAGACUUUCAUGAUUUAUAAUUUCUUAAGUU